AUGUGGCUGCUGGAGAAGAUCCGUGGCUCGGUGGAGAGCCGGCAGUUGCAGUCAGCUGCUGAGCGGCAGGAGAAGCCGGCGACGCCGUACAGCAACGUGCUGACGCCGGACAAGAUCCCGGACUUCUUCAUCCCGCCCAAGCUGGUGUGCUGCCCGCCCGAGGCCGAGACACCCGAGCCGCAGCCGCGCAAUGCCGGGCUGCGGCCCUCCUCCUCGGAGCAGGUCAUCAGCAGCAAGGCGCCCAAGGGGAGCCCGCGGAGCCCCCGCCUCCUCAACCGGCUCGCCGGAGACACCAAGAACCUCCUGAAGGCGGCCAACCGCCACAUCAUCCAGGUGGAGAGCGCCGACGAGCUGGCGUCGACCGACAACGGCGACCUGACCACCAACGCGGACCCCCACUCGCAGACGGCCAUGUCCCUGCCCUACGUGCCCAAGGCGCAGACCUCGUACGGCUUCACCACGCUGAUGGAGAGCCCGCACACGCGGCGCAAGGAGUCGCUCUUCCACAGCGACCCCACCAGCCCGCUCACGUCGCCCAACUCGCAGCGGCGCUCGGCGGGCCAGGGCGCCACGCACCUCAACCCCAGCGACUGCGGCGGGCCGGGCGGCCACGGCCACAACCCGUACCGCUACUUCAGCGGCGGCGAGAGCGACACGUGCUCGUCGGCCGACUCCUCGCCGUUCAACUCGCCGCUGCUCUCGCGCUCCGCCUCGCUCCUCAAGAUGUUCACGCAGGACGCCACGGCCAAGGUGGCGCGCGCCAAGCGCGCCGUCGCCCGCCACAGCUCGCUCUCCACCGACGAGUGCAGCUCCGUGGAGACCAGCCCCAACGUGCCGCGGCGCUUCCGCUGCCCGCCCUCGCCCGCCUUCGGCCCCCGCCGGGCCGGCGGCGGCGGCACCUCCGAGCGGCUGACCCAGCACACGGUCAACCUGCACAAGGGCGGCACGCUGCGCCUCUGCACGGACUACGACGUGGAGACGGCCCGGCUGCGCGUGCGCCUGCUGGCCGCCGAGGACCUGUACCAGCAGCACGUGGACGCCAAGAGCAUCAACUGCUGCGUGACGCUCUACCUGCACCCGGGCAAGCUGCAGAAGCAGCGCAGCACCAUCAUCAAGAACAGCCGCAACCCCGUCUUCAACGAGGACUUCUUCUUCGACGCGCUGCCCGUCAGCCAGGUCAAGAGCCUGGCCAUCAAGAUGAAGGUGGUCAACAAGGGCACCAGCCUCAAGAGGGACGUCCUGCUGGGCGAGCGCACCGUGCCACUCAGGGAGCUGCUGGCCGGGAUCUAA